AUGACUACGAAGGCCGUACACAUCGAGCUGGUCAGCGAUCUUAGUACCGAAGGAUUCAUUGCGGCAUUAAGACGUUUCUGCGCACGACGGGGAAAGCCAAUCAGUAUCUACUGUGAUAAUGCGACAAACUUUACCGGAGCUGAGAGAGAACUACAAUCACUUUUAAAACAGUUCCUUAAUCAACAACAGCGAGAGAAGAUUGCGAAACAUUGUGCAGAAACCACCAUUCGAUUCCAAUUCAUUCCUGCUCGUGCACCUACUUUCGGUGGCCUUUGGGAGGCCGCUGUUAAAGCAUUGAAAUACCAUCUACGUCGUGUCGUCGGUUUUGAACCAAUAACGCUUGAAGUCAUGCAAACGGUUCUCUGUCAGAUUGAGAGCUGCCUCAAUUCACGACCCUUAACAGCCAUAUCCGAGGACCCCAGCGACUUGGGUGCCCUAACCCCGGGACAUUUUCUGGUCGGAUCAGCACUCCAAUCAAUCCCGGAGCCCGACCUUGCCGAUGUUCCCUGUAAUAGACUUUCAUUGUGGCAAACAAUUCAACGGAAGUCUCAGCAGUUUUGGAAGCUGUGGUCAACUGAUUAUCUUCAUCAACUACAGCAACGCACAAAGAAUUUCUACCAGCAUCCAAACGUGCUUGUUGGAAAGCUUGUGCUAUUGAAGGAAGACAAUUUGCCGCCGCUUAAGUGGAGUUUAGCUCGAGUUACCGCUGUUCAUCCCGGUCCGGAUAGACUUGUACGCGUUGUGAGCGUGAAGGUACCUUCUGGUGCUAUCUACGAUCGUCCGAUAUCAAAAGUAUGCCUACUUCCCAUCAACGAUGAAACUUCUGACCCUCCAUCGAAUCCUACAGUGAGAAGUUAUGAUCCCGACAACCAACGUCUUGAGCAUUCUUUAACAUCUGAUGACGAAGAUGAAUAA